AUGAGCGGGGUCCGGGUCCCGAGCGGCGCCCCGGGGAGGCGGCCGGGGGCAGCAGGAGCCCCCGUCCCGGUCCUGCUGCUGCUGGGGCUGCUCCUGGCCGCCGCGGGAUGCGAGCUGGAGUCCGGGGACGUGGCCAGGGGCAGGAGAAGAGGCGGCGCCUCCGCGGCAGAGUCCCCGGCAGUGAUGACAGAUACCUGUAGUUCAUUGAGUCCACCAUGCUUUACUGAGGAGGACCGAUUCAGUCUGGAAGCUCUCCGCACGAUCCACAAGCAAAUGGAUGAUGACAAAGAUGGUGGUAUUGAAGUAGAUGAAAGCGAUGAGUUUAUCAGAGAAGACAUGAAAUAUAAAGAUGCUUCCAAUAAACACAGCCAUCUGCACAGAGAAGACAAACAUAUCACCAUUGAGGAUCUGUGGAAACGCUGGAAAACCUCUGAAGUUCACAACUGGACUCAAGAGGAGACUCUUCAGUGGCUGGUAGAAUUUGUUGAAUUGCCCCAGUAUGAGAAGAAUUUUAAAGACAGUAGUGUCAAAGGAACAACACUUCCCAGGAUAGCAGUAAAUGAACCUGCUUUUAUGAUCUCUCAUCUGAAAAUCAUUGAACGGAGCCACAGACAGAAACUUCAGCUGAAGGCGUUGGAUGUUGUUUUAUUCGGACCUCUCGCACGCCCAUCUCACAACUGGAUGAAGGAUUUUGUACUAGCAAUUUCUAUAGUGAUUGGUUUUGGAGGCUACUGGUUUGCACAUACUCAGAACAAGACCUCAAGAGAGCAUAUCACAAAAAUGAUGAAAGAUCUAGAAAGCCUCCAGACAGCAGAGCAAAGCCUUCUUGAUGUGCAGGAGAGGCUUGAGAAGGCACAGGAAGAAAACAGAAAUGUUGCUGUAGAAAAACAAAACCUGGAGCGCAAAAUGAUGGAUGAAAUCAGUGAUGCAAAACGAGAAGCUUAUCGACUAAGGGAGUUGAGGGAGGGAGCCGAAUGUGAACUGAGCAGACUCAAGUAUGCAGAGGAGGAACUAGUACAGGUUCGCAUGGCUUUAAAGAAGGCCGAGAAGGAGUUUGAGCUGAGAAGUAACUGGUCUGUUCCUGAUGCAUUGCAGAAAUGGCUCCAAUUAACACAUGAGGUUGAAGUUCAGUACUACAAUAUUAAAAGACAAAAUGCAGAAAUGCAACUAGCGAUUGCUAAAGAUGAGGCAGAAAAAAUUAAAAAGAAGAGAAGCACUGUAUUUGGGACAUUACAUGUUGCACACAGCUCCUCCCUAGAUGAGGUGGACCACAAAAUCCUUGAAGCAAAGAAAGCACUCUCUGAAUUGACGACAUGUUUGCGAGAGCGUCUCUAUCGAUGGCAGCAGAUUGAGAAGAUCUGUGGCUUUCAGAUAGCACACAACUCAGGAUUACCAAGCCUGACAUCCUCUCUCUACUCUGAUCACAGUUGGGUGGUGAUGCCCCGAGUCUCCAUUCCACCUUACCCAAUUGCUGGGGGAGUUGAUGACUUAGAUGAAGACACCCCUCCAAUAGUUGCACAGUUUCAUGGGUCCACUGUAAAGCCUCCCAGCACAUUAGCAAGAAGUAGUAGUGUGUGUCGCUCAAGGCGGAAUGUUGUGCCAUCAUCUCCACAAUCUCCGCAUACUCAACAUGCUCAACAUACGCCGCAUACCUUGCAUUCCCCUGACCCUGACAUCCUGUCAGUGUCAAGCUGCCCUGCUCUUUAUCGUACUGAGGAGGAGGAAGAGGCAAUUUACUUCACUGCUGAGAAACAAUGGGAAGUACAGGAUGCUGCUUCAGAGUGUGACUCCUUAAACUCAUCCUUCGGAAGGAAACAGUCUCCUCCUUCAAGUCUUGAGAUGUACCAACCUCUAUCUCCACAAAAGGUAUCCCGGGAGGAACUGUCGCUAGAGGAAUCGUCCACAGGAGACUCCUCAUCACUAACUGCAGAUAUUUCCAGGGGUACUCCUGACUGCCCAGGCCUAACAGAAACUAAAAGCAUGAUAUUUAGUCCUGCGAACAAAGUGUACAAUGGCAUCCUGGAGAAGUCCUGCAGCAUGAACCAGCUUUCUAGUGGGAUCCCAGUCCCAAAGCCUCACCACACCUCCUCUUCCUCAGCCAGCAGUGAAAGUAAACCCAUUCAUGAAGUCUCCACUGUCCCUAGGAUCAGUAGCAUCCCACAGGAUCUAUGCCAGAAUGGCGAGAAAAACAAAAAGCCAUCAAAAAUUAAAAGCCUCUUUAAGAAAAAAUCUAAGUGA